GAUACCCACAACCCCCCGCGGGAGCGGGACUGGCUGGUCCACGGGGUAGGCGGGGAGGCGGAAGCGGGCGGCGCUAAGGCUGACUGGGAAAUGUCAGCCACUUGACUGUAGACGGAUAUUCCUUUCCCGGGAGCCUGCAGGCCUUCUGGUGAUCGCCAGCGCUGUCGUCUCUGAGUGUGCAUCCCAGAACCUGGACAGCUGUGGCGGCCGCCGUUUCCUGGUCCCAUCCAGACGCUGUCUGGCGAGAUCGGACGGUGAGCCUGAGUGGGAACGCGUGAGACGCUUUGGUGUCUGGGGACCCGGGCCGAGCGCAGGCGGCAAGAGAGGGGACCUGGGAGACCCCGAGUGGCCGCCGCCGCCGCCGCGGGGCCCACGUCUCUGGCCGCUGAGUGGUGGCUGUAGCCCAGCCCGCCCGCCAGAUAUGGUCCAGAUCUGUACAUGAAUAACUUUGAUUAGUCAGAGUGAAAUAUUCAAUAAUGAGUGGUGCAGCUUUGGGACUUGAGAUUGUUUUUGUCUUUUUUCUGGCAUUAUUUCUACUUCAUCGAUAUGGAGACUUUAAGAAACAGCAUAGACUUGUAAUUAUUGGAACGCUGCUUGCUUGGUAUCUCUGCUUUCUUAUUGUCUUCAUACUGCCUCUGGAUGUUAGUACGACAAUAUACAACCGGUGCAAGCAUGCUGCUGCAAAUUCAAGCCCUCCUGAGAACAGCAACAUUACAGGAAUGUACGCAACUGCUAACCCUGUUCCAAGCCAGCAUCCAUGUUUCAAGCCAUGGAGUUACAUUCCUGAUGGAAUCAUGCCAAUUUUCUGGAGGGUAGUGUAUUGGACAUCACAAUUUUUAACUUGGAUUCUCUUACCUUUUAUGCAGUCGUAUGCAAGAUCAGGAGGGUUUUCCAUCACUGGAAAGAUCAAAACUGCACUAAUUGAGAAUGCAAUCUACUAUGGCACCUAUUUGCUGAUUUUUGGAGCAUUUUUAAUUUAUGUAGCUGUAAACCCACAUUUACAUUUAGAAUGGAACCAGCUUCAGACAAUUGGAAUAGCUGCUGCAAAUACAUGGGGUCUGUUUCUUCUUGUGCUGCUGUUGGGGUAUGGCUUGGUGGAAAUUCCUCGGUCGUACUGGAAUGGAGCAAAAAGGGGUUAUCUACUUAUGAAAACGUAUUUUAAGGCAGCCAAACUGAUGACAGAGAAAGCAGAUGCAGAAGAGAAUUUAGAAGAUGCCAUGGAGGAGGUUCGUAAAGUGAAUGAAAGCAUCAAGUAUAACCACCCAUUGAGAAAAUGUGUUGAUACAAUACUUAAAAAGUGCCCUACAGAAUAUCAGGAAAAAAUGGGUAGGAACAUGGAUGAUUAUGAAGAUUUUGAUGAAAAGCAUAAUAUCUACCCAAGUGAAAAAAGUCUGGUAAAACUGCAUAAACAGGUGAUUUAUUCAGUUCAGAGACACCGUCGAACUCAAGUACAAUGGCAAAUUCUUUUGGAACAAGCAUUUUAUCUAGAAGAUGUAGCAAAAAAUGAAACUAGUGCUACUCGUCAGUUUGUUCACACCUUUCAAUCGCCAGAGCCAGAAAAUCGAUUUAUCCAAUAUUUUUAUAAUCCUACAUUUGAAUGGUACUGGGAAUGUCUUUUGCGACCAUGGUUUUACAAGAUACUUGCUGUGGUUCUGUCCAUCUUCUCUGUGAUUGUUGUGUGGUCAGAGUGCACAUUCUUUAGCACUACUCCUGUCUUAUCCCUCUUUGCAGUCUUCAUACAGCUGGCAGAAAAAACAUAUAAUUAUAUUUAUAUUGAGAUUGCUUGCUUCCUUUCCAUUUUCUUCCUAAGUAUCUGUGUUUAUUCUACUGUGUUCAGGAUUCGUGUAUUUAACUAUUAUUACUUGGCUUCACAUCACCAGACUGAUGCUUAUAGCCUUCUUUUCAGUGGCAUGCUAUUUUGCCGUUUGACACCUCCUUUAUGUCUUAAUUUCUUGGGUUUGACCCAUAUGGAUUCAUCCAUCUCUCACAAGAAUACUCAGCCAACUGCUUAUACAUCUAUUAUGGGUUCCAUGAAAGUUUUAUCCUUUAUUGCAGAUGGAUUCUAUAUAUAUUAUCCUAUGUUGGUGGUAAUUCUCUGCAUUGCUACUUAUUUUAGUUUGGGAACCCGUUGUUUGAAUCUGCUUGGUUUCCAGCAGUUUAUGGGAGAUGAUGAUAUGACAUCAGACUUAGUUAAUGAAGGAAAAGAAUUAAUCAGAAAAGAGAAGAGAAAAAAACAAAGGCAAGAAGAAGGUGAGAAUCGAAGAAGAGAAUGGAAAGAACGUUAUGGACACACUAGAGAAGAUUCUACUAGGAACAGAAAUAUUCAUACUGACCAAAAAGAGUCAAACUUUUCAGAUGUUAAUACCAACCGGUCUGCGUUCAAAUAUACCAGGGCUAAUAACAGGACUGAAAGGGACCGGAUAGAACUUCUCCAAGAUGCAGAACCUUUGGAUUUUAAUGCAGAAACAUUCACUGAUGAUCCUCUUGAAUCUGAAUCAGGAAGGUAUCAGCCUGGUGGACGAUAUCUCUCAAUGUCUCGCAGUGACAUAUUUAAUGAUGUUUAAAGUCUGAAAAAGUUUGUGGGACCACUAACCAAGGUCAACACAUCAGAUCGGUCUUGUUGAACAUCUGUGUACCCUAGAAUUUCCUCUAUACGCUCAGUAAAAAGUGUCAAGAUAACAAAAAAAAGCUCUGAGAAUUAAUUAUAUCUUAGAAAUAAUAGUUUAAUGUUCAUUGAAUACAGUAUCAUCUUUUCCAACAAGAUUUAUUACAUAUCAUUUCCUAAGCAUCUGCCUUAGAAGUACAGUUACAGUGGAAGAAUUGUUUAAAAGCUCAACAUAUGUUAAGAACAUACAGUUCAGUUUGUUUCAGUUUAAUUUUUUUUUUCGGGAGAGUUAAAGAUUCAAGGAAGCCAUAAGUCAUACUAAAUAAUAUUAUACAGUUUUAUUGUUACCUUUUUGUUAUUUCUAAAAACUAUAUUCAACUUGUAUUUCCCAAAGAAAUGUAAGUGAGUGGAGACCUUAAAUAAUAACUGUAUU